CUCUGUCAAUUGUUUAACGUCAUGAAAAUUGAGUGAUUGUUGCAAACAUGAAACAAGUAUGUAACAAAUAUCCAUGGCAAAAUAAUAAAUUAGACAAGUAAUCUAAUUAAAAAAUAUUUUUAUGACAAGUAUUUAGUAUUGUAUUGUAUUAUUUCACUUAAAAAAAUGUAAAAGUAUUAUUUCCCUGGUAGAGAUUUUACAAAAUAAUGGCUAUCGUAAAAACUCCAGUUUUAAAAGUGAUUUUAUGUGGUGAAUAUGGUGUAGGCAAAAGUUCUAUAUUUCGACGAUUCAUAAAUAAUACGUUUUUACCAAAUGCUGAUAGACGUUCUACUUUGGGACUUGAUCAUUUCGAGAAAUUAUAUCAAGUUGGUGACAAGGAAGUCAAGUUGCAGUUAUGGGAUACUGGAGGAAUGGAAAGGAUUGCUUCAGUGACAUCAAGUUAUUACAAAUUUGCUGAAGCAGCAAUUUUAGUAUUUUCUUUGGAUAAUAUUUCUUCAUUUCAUGUAUUGAGUCAACAUUUGUUGGAUAUUGUGACUUACGCAGAGAAUGCAAAAAUUUAUCUGUGUGGUAAUAAGUCUGAUCUUGAAGGGACAUCUCCACAAGUAACUGAUGCCGAUAUUGAAACUUUUUGCGAACAAUGUCACAAUCUUAUUAGUAGCAUUUAUAAGACAUCAUGCAAAACCGGAAAAGGCAUAGAAGAGAUGUUUAGUGACAUUGCAUCACAACUGGUAGAGUCUAAUCGUUCAAGGAUUGAGCUCCAAGCUUUAGAUCACAACAGUUUUAAAAUAUCUCAACCUGAAUCUCCUGAGGAACCAUCAUGCAGUUGCUGAUUUCAUCUUGAAACUCAAUUUUACUUUUAUAAAAUUUAGUAUUUUAGCUUACAAUUUAUGUCUGAAAUAUUAUAUGUAUAUGCAUAAAUUUUAUAUGUGUAUGGUAAUAAUAAUCACUUAUGUAAGUUAAUGUUAUACAGUUAUGAUAUUUUUUUAGUUGUCAUUUUGAUAUUGUAUCCAUAACCCAUAAUCAUGGUGUAAUAGAAUGUUUAAUAUGAAAAACAUAAAAUAUGGUAAAAAAUAUGCAUAACAUUUUAACAGUCCUCCUCACAUAAGUCUUUCAAGGUUGUAUUUUAGUAUUAUUUUAUUUAUUAAACUAGGCCUAAGUGUCACUCUAAUUUA